AUGCUCGUAAAACACAGAACACAGGAGACUUAUAAAAGCAGAACUUGUAACAGUGAUUCAAUUUAUUCCACAAGCUCGAGAAUAAAUUCAAAAUAUCACAUUAUACCAACCGUAAUUUAUUUCUUGGAAGAAUUGAAAAACGAAACGGUUUCACUGAAAACAAUAUGAAAGAGGUUCAAUUCUCGAAAAUUUUCAAUUCUAUCAUUCAGAUUGAAGUACGAAUACGAAUUUCUCUUAACAGAUUUGAAAAAAAUAUAAUCUUUUAUAACAGUGGCAUAUAUACAUUUCUAUAUUAGGAAUUCAGCAAGGAAUGCUGGUUGUGAAAAAUAUUUAUUUAUACCCAAGAAUUAACUGAUUUCCUGCGGACAUAAGAUUGUGACUUGAUUCUGCCACAGGGACAUAUGGAUAAAAUCAGCCAUGUCAUGUGACUGAUUGAAAAUAAAUAUCUAUACACUCAAAGAAAAGAUUCCACUUAAUGAAAGGACAAUGAUCUAAACAAACACAGUGCUUCUGGGAACAUAUCAAAUACUCUUCAUUUAGAAGGCUGUAACUUCCGGAAUUGCAUCUGAUCUUGGAUUGUAUUUGAUCGAUCGAAAAGAUAAAAUAAUGUUUAUUCACGUAAUUAAUGGAACAUGUCAGUGACGAAAUAAUUGAUGAGUUUCGUAAUUUAUGCUAUAAACAAAGAUCUAUAGCUUAUUUAAGUGUCAGAUUUGCUUCUCCGUGAAAACCACUGAUGAUGUCGUGCGCGCAAUGUGUGGGUUGCAGACUAGCCAUCUGUAAUCCUGGGCUGUACGGAUUAAAUUGUAAUAAAACUUGUAAUCCCAACUGCCGUGCGGUUCCCUGUUCUUCGUGCUCGUGUGAAGUGUGUAACCAGCUCAACGGAAACUGUACAAAUGGUUGUGAUUCAGGAUGGUUCGGUGCUAAAUGCGAGACAAUAUGUCCAGACAAGUGCAUGUACAUGGAAGGACAUUUAGAAAUAUGUAAUCGUGAAACAGGGAACUGUUUGUUCGGGUGCCAAAACGGUUACUAUGGAGAUAUGUGCAAUAACACGUGUCAUAUUGGAUGCACGGAUUCAUUAUGUGAAAAACCAAAUGGAACUUGUGUUAAAGGAUGUCUGGAUGGUUAUAAAGGGGAUUUCUGUGGUGGUUCAUCUCCUGAUGAAGGUGGUCUGAACAAUGAUGAAAUUGCUGGGGCCCUCGGGGGAGCGUUUGUCGUCAUGUUGUGGGCAACCGUAGUUAUUGUUCUCAUCUUCGUCAUUUGGAGGAGACGUUUGAAAAACUACGAAGUUUUUAAUCGAAAUGACAACUUCGGAAAUGACUCAAACAGAAGCUCAAGCAGACGACGUUUACGGCGACACAGCAGUAGUUCGUCUGUUAGUGGAACAGCAAACCAUAUCCUUGCCGAGGAACAACAAUUAACAGAAGGCCAGAGAUUGGUUCCUGUUCAUAUCAACAAACACAGACCUUUGAUCGAGAAAAGAUCAGUGACCUUCGAUACGGACUCACCAGUACACUGCACGUGCACAUAUGGCGGAUCAUCACGAGACUUUUAUGUAUGCCGAGGGGCAGGGAUGGAACAGGAUGAAUAUGAACAAGAUCUACAAAAUCAUUUGCACGAAUUUCACGUGCAUUUUACAAAUGAACAUGACACUGGACACUUUCCAACGAGAAGAGCUUCGUCGGAGGGCGAUAUUAGUGAAUUAUCAGCUGUGUGGAAGCCUAUACGAUAUUGAACCACGGGAGGUACUUAUUUAAAGCAAGAGAUGUACUUGAGUAAUGUUGAAGUAUUUGUGGAAGACGUUCAAAUUCCAUUCCAAUAAUUAACGAUGCCAUUCAAAACUGAUAUUGCUCAGUAUUUCUACAUAACAAUUCGUUCUGUAAAUUGUUUGCUUAACUGCUAAAUACUGCAUCUGGCGUGUUAUGUUCUAUAUGAAGUUUUGUAUAAUGGAAUCGUUAAAAGAAAUCGUGUGGUAAAUGAGAAUAGGUAGUGAAUAUAAAAUGUGCGUUAGUAAAAUUAUGGAACAACAACUCAAAGUUUACGAUUUAGAAGUUCCUAAAAUGACAGCACACCCUCACUCCGUUUUAUUGUAAUUAACAACCUGUAUAUUAUUGUAAACAACUAGGCAAUUUACAUUAAAGAAACUAAUGUCCUAGGCCAAUACUUUGGAUGCAUUCAAGUUUUUACUUUGUUUUGUUUUGUUUAGAGUCACACCGAUACAAUAAAGGUCAAACGGCAGAUUUUCCAGCUUUUAGUGGUGGAAGACCUUAGUGACAGGGAAGAUCACUAGGGAUGGCUUCCUUAAAUGAAGAAUUCUACUCAAAUUUUACUGUCUUGCAUCAUGGUACUCUAAAAGAGCAAAAACUUGUUCGAAACGUCAUUCCUGACACAUGGAAUUUUUCACAUCCAGUUGUAAAAACACUGGGCACUUUUCUACAAAUACUGGACAAAUAAACUAAAAACAUGAUAGUCAGGAGGCGGUUCAUCACCAUUACCUUGUGACCUUGCUUCUGUCGAGGUUUGGUAAACAUUCAUCAGGCGGAUUGAGAAAAUAUAAUUUCAGUUAUU